GACCGCGCAUGCGCAGAGAGCAAAUCCCAGUUUCCCCCAACAUGGCGGCGAGGGGCCAUGUGCAAGACCCGAACGACAGGAGGCUCAGGCCCAUUUACGAUUACCUGGACAAUGGCAAUAACAAGAUGGCAAUCCAGCAGGCAGACAAACUGCUGAAGAAACACAAGGACCUUCACUGUGCCAAGGUGCUGAAGGCCAUCGGACUGCAGCGGACCGGAAAGCAGGACGAGGCCUUCACGCUCGCCCAGGAGGUGGCCACGUUGGAACCCACGGACGACAACUCGCUGCAGGCCCUCACCAUCCUCUACAGGGAGAUGCACCGGCCGGAGCUGGUGACGAAGCUGUACGAAGCGGCGGUCCGGAAGGUACCCAGCAGCGAGGAGUACCACUCUCACCUUUUCAUGGCCUACGCUCGUGUCGGCGAGUACAAGAAGAUGCAGCAGGCUGGAAUGACGCUUUACAAGAUAGUCCCCAAGAACCCCUAUUAUUUCUGGUCUGUGAUGAGUUUGGUCAUGCAGGCCAUAUCAGCGCAGGACAAGAAGCUGUCCCAGACCAUGUUCUUGCCCCUGGCGGAGCGCAUGGUGGAGAAGAUGGUGAAGGAGGAGAAGAUUGAGGCAGAAGCAGAGGUCCAGCUCUACUUCAUGAUCCUGGAGCGUCUAGGGAAGUAUGUGGAGGCACUCGAGGUGGUACGCGGGCAGCUGGGAGAAAAGCUGACCAGUGAGCUACAGAGCCGGGAGAACAAGUGCAUGGCCCUUUAUAAGCAGCUGAAGCGCUGGCCGGAGUGCAACGCCCUCUCCUGCAAACUGCUGCUCAAGAACCCCGACGACUGGCAGUUCUACAUGUCCUACUUCGACUCCCUCUUCCACCUCAUUGACCAGGCCUGGGAGCCGCCGGCGGUGGGAGAUCACUGCAUGGAGGGAGAGGUACAGAGCUCCGUGGCACAGGCCAUCACUUUUGUGGAGGACCGGUUGGCGGUGGAGGAGGCGAAGGAGACAAGGCCGCUGCGUGGGCCCUACCUGGCCCGCCUAGAGCUGAUUCACCGGCUGAGGGGGCGAGGCUGCCCCGAGGAGCAGCAGCUAGGUGAGCCCAUGGAUCUGAUGUUCCAGUACUUCCUGAAGUUUGGUGACAAGCCCUGCUGUAUCACGGACCUGAAGAUCUACCUGGACCUCCUGACCGUGGACCAGCACGUACAAUUCAUCAAUAGAUUGAUGGAGACCGUGCCCCUAGCUGAACCCCAGGAGGAUGGGGUCGCCCUCCCGGGGGACACUCGGGCACUGCAAAGGCACCUGUCUGUGGCCCAGCUUAGCCGCUCCCUGGGUCUUCAGCACGCCUUGGACCCCCCAGCCAAGUUGGACCUGAUCCGACAGCUCAAAGUCCAUUACCGGCACGGCCUGCAGUUUGGCAAGUCCUGCCUGAAGACGGAGCUACAGUUCUCUGACAUGUACUGCCUCAUGGCCGCCCACAUCUACAUCGACCUGUGGGCUGAAACCGGAGAUGAGGGCAGGCUCUGGCAGUGCCUGGGCCUUCUGGAGGAGGGCCUGACCCACAGCCCCUCGAAUGCCCAGUUUAAACUGCUGCUAAUCCAUCUGUUCUGUCGCAUGGGGGCUUUUGAGCCCGUCGUGGACCUGUACUCCAGCCUGGACGCCAAGCACGUGCAGCACGACACCAUUGGAUUCCUGCUGACCCGCUAUGCGGAGUCUCUGGGCCAGUUUGCUGCUGCUUCCCAGUCCUGUAAUUUCUCUCUCAGGUUUUUCCACUCAAACCAGAAAGAUACCUCAGAAUAUAUCAUUCAAGCUUAUAAGUAUGGUGCAUUUGAGAAAAUCCCUGAGUUCAUUGCCUUCCGCUCGCGUCUGAAUCGCUCGCUGCACUUCGCCCAGGUGCGCACGGAGAGAAUGUUGCUGGACCUCUUCCUGGAGGCUGACCUAUCAUCCAGCCUUGAGGACAAUGUGAAGUCCAUGGGCCUGUGUCCUGAGGAGGACGACAUCCCCUGGACGGACAUGCGGGACAACCGCGACCUCACCGUGCUCGCCAGCUGGGACCCUGCCAAGUGGCAGCUGUCGGAGGAGCAGCACUCCCUCUCGCUGCAGGAGGAGGUGCUGUGGCUCCGAAUCCGCUCCCUCACCCUGCGGCUGGCAGGCUCCCUGGCCUCGCUUGGCCACAUGCCCGCACCGCGCAAUGCAGAAAAGGCAGCCGAGAACGGCGUGGCGGCCAAGCCGGACACCCUGCGCCCCCUGCUGGACCAGCUGAACGUGACGCUACAGAGCAGCGCCCAGUUUGUCGAAAGGGGAGUUCAGUACCCCUUCCUGGGCCCCCCCCCAACGCGCCUAUCCCCUGCCCUGGCCAGCAGGAGCUGUCAUUGUCAGGCUGCGGCCUUCCAGCUGGCCUCCCACAUGCAGGAGCUGGACGCUGCCGGCGUGGAUGACACAGCGGAGGUCCAAACUCAAAUAGAAAACAGCUUCAAGUCUCUACUAGUACAGCUACACGAUAUAUUUACUAAAUGCAGAGGAGAUCUUCUGGAGGUGAAAGACGGCCACUGCAGAACCCAGGCGUCGUUAUUAGAGAACCUGGUCUUCUUGGUUGAGACCAUUUGCGUGGUACACUGGGUGUCGGGGUACUGUGCCAGUGUGCUCCGCCCGCUCAAGGCCAGCCUGCAGAAGAGGAAGAAGAAGAAAAAGGAGAGUUGCUCUGCUACGCUGGCGAUAUUCAGCGGCUUCCAGGAGUACACAGCGGGUCUGCAGGUUCUCAUCGGGGAAGUCCUGGACCACAUCAAGGGACAGGAGGUUGCCCUGGCAGCCCUGAAGCUGGGGGAGCUCAGCCUGGAUGGCAGGACAGCGGCUGAGGAAGAUGCCUACAUCCGGGGGGGCAUGGAGAAGGUUCAGAGCAGCUACCAGCGCUCGCUGCAGGAGGUCGGGGAACUGCUGAAGAAGAGGAUGGACACGAUGAAGGGCCUGAAGAUCUGAGCCAGCAUCAAAAUCCCCUGACCCGAGCCUCGGCCCCUCCCAGGCUGUCAUUCUCACUUUAAGCCCCGCCCCCCCCCCCCCCCGCCAAGUGAUCGGUUCUAGUUACAAGCCACUGCACUGUCGUUUAAUUCCCCCUCGCCCCCCCCGGCUCGUCAUGCGCACAAACACCCUCCCUUUCCAUUUCAUGCCGUCAUAGUUUAAUUUCAGCCAGAGAUCAGGCAAAAAGUAUCAACAUAUUUCAAUAGAGAAUAGAGAAAAACUACUCUGAUACUUUAUUGUACAUAGUCUGCUACAGAGACAACAGUAAGUACCUAUGACUCCUUAAUGAAACUAAAAAUAGCAAUGAAAUCAUGUUUAUUUCCCCCCCCCCUUUUUUUGUUGGUGUUGGUGCCCCUCCUCCUGGCCCAUUUCCGCCAUGUGUUAUUGUAAAUGUGUACUGUCCUCCUCGGCCCACCCAUAGCCCUUACAAGAAUAGCACAAGGGAUUGUGGGUAUCGCUGGACAUAACUGAGGGUCGGGGAAGGUCAGAUGGGCCCCCCGCAAGAGCGAGCUGCAGCCCCCGCAUGCAGGGUAGCGAGCAGAAGACAUGAGGAUCAUUCUGGAGCAACUGGGGCACUCUGGAUCCCGUGCUAACCUGUUCUUUCUGUUCGGACCCCAGCUUGGCAGCUCGCCUUCUUGUUUGUGUUGCAUAUUUGGUUUUCAAAGUGAAUGUUUUGUCUCUAUGGGGGAGAAUAACGUUGUGUACUUUGAUUGUUUGGAGCAAGUGGUUUCUUUUUUUGUUAGGAACAGGUCUCAUGGGAUUUUUUUCUCCCCAUGUUUUCCGGAACUUUCCUUCCUCUGCUCCUCCCCUUGGUCAUGCUUUAGUUGGGAAGUGCGUUGCUGAUUUUUUUUUUUUUUUUUUUUUUUCGUUCCUGGUCUUUUCUCAGUCUAUUUUAACGAGACAGGAGAGCAGCUCUACGACGCUCCCGGGGAGCGGGGAGGUAAUGAAGCUCUCUGGGAGCUCCGCCCUUCCUGUGUCAUGUGAUAACAUGUCAAAUGAUUGGGCGGCAUUUCGUAACCUUGUCAGCGGGCCACAGAGGUUGUGCGAGUUGAUCACAAGGAGGACCGCUUCAGUUUCACUCAGAGCAUGAUGAAGAUCCUUACGUAGUGAACCUCCCCUCUAGUGUUCUUCCUGUUUCUGCAUAAUACUUAUAAAAUGGACAAAGUAAACUAUAGCUUUGAACUUCAGGUGCUUUCUAAACAGUUAAGGUUCACUCUGCCGUACUAAAACUCUGCAAUUAUUUCCGAUCUGGUGUCUAAUUUAACAGCGUAUCUUUCUGCGGUUCACCAGAAAUGUUGUAGGAACCCCACCAGCCCCAUAAACCGCUGGAUAGUGGACCCCAAUCAGAGUCGGUCUCCUCCCCAGUUGCCGUGACAUCCCCCCACCUCUUUGUGUCCUAAUCUGCGUUCCUCCUUUGGAACAUUUUGUUAAUUUAUACUUAAUUUUUUGAUGGUAGGAUUAGUUCUUUUUUUAUUUAAAUAUUGGCGAGGUGUGAAUCGCAAAUCGUCUGGGGCGGUUACCGCAGAGCUGGGCGAGAACGGGAGCAGCGAGCCCAGACAACCGGAUCUCGCACCCUGGCAAAACUCACGGGAACAGAAAGGAACUCUCCAUACACCGAAAGCGGUGGAAAGACAGUCACGUGGCGUCUGCUCUGAGUAACAUUUUCCUUUUUGUUAGAAAAAUUAAAACAAAAACAAGAACACUGGAAUGUCAAAAGGAGUUUUUUUAAAUAAAAUUUAAAACGUGCUUAACGUUGA